UGGAGACAGGUGUGCGCAUCUACAACGUGGAGCCAUUGAUGGAGAAGGGGCAUCUGGAUUCCUCGGAAUCCUGGCCUCCCGGAGGCACUGGCAGAUGAAGAUGUCAGAGUAACUCAGAGUCACACAGUGAGGCCUCCGGCUUACAAGUCCUGAAUCUUAUUGUCUGAGAAGCUUGGUGUUUUGUCUUCAUGUAACAAACACUUGUCGAAUGCCGUAUGCCAUGUCCUUACCUAUGGAGCGCUUGCUGUGAGCCCGGUGCUGUUCUAACCACUGUGCUUGCAUUAACUCAUUUAAUCCUCACAAUAACUCUGUGUGGUAGGACGUAUCAUCAUCCCCAUUUUUACAGAUGAAGAAACUGAGGCCCAGAGAGGUCAAGUGACUUAUCCAAGGUCACACAACCAAUAGGCUUUAAAAUCUUGGCGCCAUCUUCCCAAUGCCCUCUGGCUUUGAGUCUCAAGCAUCAUCUUAUUUUAAGGGUUUUUGUUGAUCCCACUGGGAUGUGGCCAGAGAUGCCUUAGGAUUCUUCACAGAAACCCCCCAGGGGUAUGGACUGGGACCCCGGAGGCAGGAGUAUUACUGAUGGGAUGUGACAGGCCGGGGUGUGAGUCCCUGCUUGGUCGCUGAUGGGCUCUGAGGUCCUUGGCCAGAUAGCCAACCCCUUGGAGCCUCAGCUUCCUCAUCUGUAAAUGAGUGUGACGGUUCCAGAACCUGUCCUCUCAGGAGUCACAUCUCCAAGUGCUCCGGCUGCAUCAGGUCACACUGGGUGUCAGCAAAAGGUUAAUAAACACGUGGGUUGAAGUCCCAUGGGGGACCAGGGGGUAGGUCUUGUGUCACCAGGGCUGCCCCUCACCCCAAACCUUGGCCCCGACAACACACCCACCUGCCCAGCAGUGCUGAUCUGGGACGAUGCCCGGGAGGGCAAGGACUCCAAGGACAAGCUGGUGCUGGAGUUCACCUUCACCAAGCCAGUGCUGGCUGUGCGCAUGCGCCAUGACAAAAUCGUGAUCGUGCUGAAGAACCGCAUCUAUGUGUACUCCUUCCCCGACAAUCCCCGAAAGCUGUUUGAGUUUGACACCCGGGACAACCCCAAGGGGCUCUGUGACCUCUGCCCCAGCCUGGAGAAACAACUGCUAGUGUUCCCAGGACACAAGUGUGGGAGUCUGCAACUUGUGGACCUGGCGAGCACAAAGCCUGGCACUUCAUCUGCUCCGUUUACCAUCAAUGCACAUCAGAGUGACGUGGCCUGUGUGUCCCUGAACCAGCCAGGCACGGUAGUGGCCUCAGCCUCUCAGAAGGGCACCCUUAUUCGCCUUUUUGACACGCAGUCCAAGGAGAAACUGGUGGAGCUGCGCCGAGGCACUGACCCGGCCACCCUCUACUGCAUCAACUUUAGCCAUGAUUCCUCCUUCCUGUGCGCGUCCAGCGAUAAGGGCACAGUCCAUAUCUUUGCUCUCAAGGAUACGCGCCUCAACCGCCGCUCCGCGCUGGCUCGCGUGGGCAAAGUGGGGCCUAUGAUUGGGCAGUACGUGGAUUCUCAGUGGAGCCUGGCGAGCUUCACCGUGCCUGCUGAGUCAGCCUGCAUCUGUGCUUUCGGUCGCAAUACUUCCAAGAACGUCAACUCUGUCAUUGCCAUCUGUGUAGAUGGGACCUUCCACAAAUAUGUCUUCACUCCUGAUGGAAACUGCAACAGAGAGGCUUUCGAUGUAUACCUUGACAUCUGUGAUGAUGAUGACUUUUAAGGACCCUGUGGGUUGUGCUAGGGACUGUGGUGACAGAUUGCAAAGCCUUUGUGGGGGUGGGAGUGCUGUGGAAGCCGCCAGCCAUCAAGCAUUAAUGGAGCAGGUGCCCACUUUCCACUCUUGAGAGCAAUGCCUAAACAGCUCAGGUCCCUCAAGCACUUCCCGAUGACUGUGUGCCUGCAGAGGCAGGCCAGGGACUCAGGGAGGCAGCGGACCCCCUGGGGCUCCCAGCCUGGAGAAGACUGCUAGGGACCCAGAGCGGGUGCCCUAAUCCAACCUGUGGGGAUUUUUAAAAACUUGCCAGAAAGAGACAUCUCUGAUGUGAUGAAAAUGAAUAAAAGACCCUUAACAGUA